GUUUAGCCCUGUGUAUAAUUGAGUACUGUGAAAGUGUGAAACCUUCUGCCUAGGAUGCGAAAGUCCUCUCUUUGCCGAUUGGAUCGUUGCUGCCUCACUGCCUCAGGACCGAUCGCCGGGCUUGACGUCAUCGAAGCCGAGAGGCUCCCUCUGUGUCUUCUGCUUCUCCUUCUCCUCCUCCUCCUUCCUCCGUUACUUCCGACCUCCCGAGUCUACCCUCCGAUUGAUUUUCACAUGGCUCUGGUUCCUUGUUUGGAACUUCUCAAAGAAGAAUAUCACUCUGAUAUCACUGCAGUCACUUUCUUUCCCUCGGUUCCCAGACUCAGCGUGUCUCAUAUCCUCUCCGCGGGGAUGUUGUGGGUCAGGUCACAUCUCGGAGACUCGGACACUGCAGCCCCCAUCGGCCUUCCCCCCUGCCGGCCAGAGAUAGAAAAGAGGGGCUUGCAUUAGUGGUCUUUCCACCAAGCCACUAGCCUAUCCACUGUGUAGGUAAUGUAUGUAGUCGAGUGGAUUCAGACUUACCAUGUAGCUAUAUACUACAGGGAUGGUUCUCAAGAAGUCAGUCAAACCCUACACUGUCCAACAAAGAGAUAACACAGCAGGCUACUGGGACUGGGU